AUGCCGCCGCCGGCUGCAAAGACGAUCAUCACCAACGCCGAGUGGGAGCAGAGGCUCGAAGAGGCCCACGCGUCCAAAGAUGAGCUGAACGCGCUCGUGAUGGACUAUCUCGUCAUUGGCGGGUACAAGACCGCGGCGGAGCUGUUUGCACGCGAGGCGGGCGUCGCGCCGCCGGUCGACCUGCAGAGCAUCGAGAGCAGGAUGUGCAUCCGCGAAGCGCUCCAGCGGGGCGACGUCCAAGACGCCAUCACGCGCGUGAACGAUUUGAACCCAGAGAUCCUAGAUACCAACCGGGCGCUGUACUUCAGGCUGCAACAGCAAAAGCUGAUUGAGCACAUCCGGGUUGGUCGGAUCGAAGAAGCGCUGGCGUUUGCGCAAGACGAGCUGGCGCCUCGGGGGGAAGAGUCGCCCGAGUUUCUGGGAGAACUGGAGCGGACGAUGGCGCUGCUGGCGUUCGAGGCCGGCGGUGCGCCUGCGGGGAUCGCGGAGCUGCUGAGCCCGGCGCAGCGUAUGCGGACUGCGGGCGAGGUGAACGCGGCGAUCCUGGGGAGCCUGAGCCAGGGGACGGAGGCCAAGGUGGUGGAGAUGUUGCGGGUGCUGCAGUGGGGCGAGGGACUGCUGGGCGAGCGCGCUGUGUUUCCUAUGGUAGACGUGAGCGACGACGUGAAGCUGUGA